GAAGAGAAAGGUUCUUGUAUUCCUCCCGUGUUGAAGUUUUUGGCCAAAUCCGGUCUAGAUUUUUGCCAACAAGACUGACUGAGAUUUGAAAUUGUGCAAAAAAAUUAGCGUAGGAGGAGCAUCACGUUUUUUAUCGUUGUUGGACAGGAACCAUCAUUUACCGGUGUCUGUAGUGGUGCAUGGUGACGUAAUUAUUAGCGAGAUAAAUUAGCACGUAGUUAAUUUUUUACUGAAUCACACCACUAGAAUAAUUACGACUUCUUCCCAUGGGGAAAGGGGGACGAGGCGAAGAGGGGUUGCAACUGGAUCUUCAGAAUUUAGUGGUCAUCCGCCAGGUAGUCGAGGUGGAUUGAUGGGCUUGGCGACAAGGUUGAGCAGAGGAUGGCGAUCGAGGAUAAAAUAUCUCCUCGUUGCCCUCGUGGGAGGUUGCCUUAUCGUCGUAGUUAUCCUAUCACUUGGAAUUGUAGGGGGAGGAAUUCAGCCAAAAAGAGAUGCAAGUUAUGAGAAUUAUCAAUCAUCAUCAACCGGGGACGUUCUUGCUGUAAUUGUCCCGUUCCGCGACCGUUUUGAAGAACUACUCUCCUUCGCACCUCACAUCCACCGCUUCCUCUCCGCCCAACGGGUCGCCCACACCAUCUGGCUCGUCAACCAGGUGGACGAAUUUCGCUUCAACCGGGCCUCCCUGAUCAACAUUGGCUUCAUCGAGGCAACAAAGAACAAUCCGACUGUGAAUUAUAUGGCGAUGCAUGACGUGGACCUUCUCCCACUUAAUGAUAAGUUGCCAUACGGUCAUCCCGGUGUUGGAAAUGCAGUCCAUGUCGCAUCGCUCCACCCAAAAUAUAAUUAUGCCUCCUUUAUCGGCGGAAUUCUGAUCCUUGAUGUCACCGAUUUCCAACGUGUCGACGGAAUGAGCAACAUUUAUUGGGGGUGGGGUUUAGAAGAUGACGAAUUUUGGUUGAGACUGAAACAUAACGGGAUCAAGGUCAAACGAGCCAACAAAGGACUCGGGACGGGGAGGAAGGAUACCUUUAGUCACAUCCACUCACCAAAACUUCGUGUCCGUGACCGUGCCAAAUGUUUCGACCAAUGGGAAAAAACAAGGAAGCGAGACCGUGCCACAGGCCUACGCAACGUCAACUACACCCUUUUAUCUCAGGUUGAGAUGAGUGUCGAGGAUGCCCAUCUUACCGUUCUUAACGUCAGGCUGCACUGUGACCGUGAGCUUACGCCAUGGUGUCAAUGCCCAGAUCCAGUCAACAAUAACAAUACGCUUUCCAAUAAUAAUAAUCAACCACCUCGUCAGCACUGACGUAAAUAAUAAAUCCUUUUGUACCUCUGACGAUAGAAA